UCCUGCUUUGCACACAGCUCAAAAGUAGGAGGCCACAAGCUGUUGGGAAAGGAGGGACUUGGAGGAUGCUUAAAUAGCAGGCAUGCUUUCUCUAGUCAGCCAGCAGCUGAUCCAGCUUCCAGUCACCAUGAAGGCUCUCCUGACUCUGGGGCUCCUUCUGCUUUCUGUCACUAUCCAGGCCAAGGUCUAUGAACGCUGUGAGUUGGCCAGAACUCUGAAAAGGAGUGGAAUAACUAACUACAGUGGAGUCAGCCUGGCAAAGUUGGUGUGUUUAGCUCAGCACGGGAGCAGUUAUAACACACAAGCUACAAUCUACCGCCCUGGAAGCAAAAGCAAACACUAUGGAAUAUUUCAGAUCAGCAGCCAAUACUGGUGUAAUGACGGCAAAACCCCAGGAGCAAUGAAUGCUUGUGGGAUACCCUGCAGCGCUCUGCUACAAGAUGACAUCACUCCAUCCAUAAAAUGUGUGAAGAGGGUUGUGAGGAAUCCCCAAGGCAUUCGAGCAUGGGUGGCAUGGCAAAGAAACUGUCAAAUUCCAGAUCUGUCCCAGUAUAUUCAGAACUGCGGAGUCUGACCACUGUGUGCUUCUACUGCAGCUCAUUCUGUCUCUCUCUCACUAUAGGAGUAGGUAUGGGAAAGGUCACACUUCCUCACUUUCCCCUCCAACUAACAGGACUUCAGC